AUGCCGGGGGUGGGCUUGAGCAACUUUCUGAAGAGCUUCAAUGCAGCGUCCAGUUCGAGAUCGUUAGAUGCACCUUCGUCCACAGCAGCACCCAAAUCAAAGGCCGCUGCCAAGCCCAAGGCUGCAUCCGUCAAGGCCAAGGCCAAACAUAGUGGUCCAGCAGCUUCAUCGAGUGAUGGUGCAUCGCAAAAGGUUGCUGUUGGAAAUGCAGGAACUGUUAGCUCCAAGCGCAAAGUUGUUGUCGUUGAUCCCUUUGUUGCUGGUGGUGAUGAUGCUUCAACAUCCCCCGAGAAGAAGAAGUUACGUGAAGUGGAUGACCUUACCGAGGCUGAUGCCAACACAGUGCAGACCUUCAAUUCCAAGCUUGAUCCUCUCAAACUGGUUGGCCCACCAAUCGCCGAUGCUGCCUUCAAGACUUACAUGACAGACCAGAUCCAGAAGGCGACUCAGCUGAUCACUGAACUCCGCAUCAAGAAGAAAUCAGCAGAUCGGAGGAAUGGUUCCAAGACCAAGACCAACAAGGCAGACAUUAUGUUUCUGGAGAAGCUGACGGAAGUGGAGACUGAAGUCAAGGAGGUGCAAAAGUUGCUUAGAUGUCUCGCCGGGCAGAUUUCGUUGGAUGCAGAUCGAACUCUCCUUCAAGCUCUUGAUGAAGCUGCCUCCAAACGUAACAUGUCAUUCAAUUCGUCUGUCAUCAGAAAGGCGUUGAAGAUUGCCAUGUAUGACAACCUGAAACUUUGCCAGUUCAACGAAAUGGCCAAUGAGACAUACGAGUUGAUCAGUGCCCGAUUCAUCACUGACGAUGACAACACCAACGUGACAUCCGAUGACUUUUACUCGAUGGUCUGCGGGCAGGUCUUGCAAAAGCUUGCAAAGACUGCACAAUCCAAAGUUCGCAGCAAGGACAUAUCAUGGUGA